AUGAACACACGAGCAUUCGCGCUCCCGGUUCUGGGCUUGCUGGCGCUGGCCGCCUGGACGGCACACGCAUGCAGCUCCGCCAGCUAUGCCGACGGCAACAAAGUUGUGUCUGCCCGCAACAUGGACUUUGCGUCGCUGCCGCCGCUGGCGCUGUCGUGGGUGCCAAGCGGGGUCAACAACCCCUUCAUCCCGGUGACCGGGACCAACACGUACAGCACUCUGGGCAGGUCCUACAAGCGCAAGUACAACUACGUCUGUAUCUCCCCCGCCCGCAAGCUGAUGUUUGAUGCCGCCGCACUCGUCUUCCCGCUCAUCAAGCAAGUGUCCAUCAAAAACUGGCCCGGGGUGUGCAACGACGGCGUGAACAGCGCGGGGCUGGGCAUGUCGCUGCAGUGGCAGCUGGACACGCCGGGCGUGCCCGCGUACAACAAGUCGCAGCCGGGCCCCGCCAUCGACCAGGGCGACGUGCUGCAGUACAUUCUGGCCAUGUUUGGGACCGUGGCGGAGCUGAAGGCCGCCUUCAACAACGGGCUCCAGAUCACCUGGAACCCGCUGUUCAGGCCCGCCUCCAUCAUCGGCUUCAAGAAGCCCUACGUGCCCUGCCACUAUGGCGUGUGGGACCGCUACAACCAGUCGCUCGUGCUCGAGUUUGGCCCCAACGGCCUCAACGUCUUCACCAACACCCUGGGGGUGUUCACAAACAACCCACUUUUUCCGCAGCAGAUGCAGUACUACAAUGCCUGGACGACCAAGAUCACCUCCCCGCCCUACUCGGUGCCCCCCCUCAACCCCACCAUCCACGGCACCACCUUCUACCCGCCCCCCGGCUCCUACAACUCUUCAGACCGCUUCACCCGCCUCGCGGUGCUCAAGUAUGCGGCGGGGCGGGCGCCGUGGCACGCCGCCACAGACCCCAUCUCCCCCGGCUUUGCCCUGAAGAGCAGCUCCAACCCCGCCCUCAUCACCGCCCUCGACCUCAUCCAGUCCGUCUACCUCCCCAAGGGCGUGGACGACAGCGGCGGUACCGGCCCCAAGGAAACCGACUGGACCAUCUUCACCACCCUGCGGGACCACACCAAGGCUGUCUACUACUGGCGUGUGGCCAACAGCCCCCGCUGGAGCAAGGUGUCGCUGCGGCGGGUGGACUGGGCAACUCUGCGCAGCCAGAAGAAAGUGGGGGCGCGCCUGAUGGUUGGGUACCCAGAAUGGGCGGACGACAACGCCCCGCUGGCAGCCACCGUGCCCAGGGCGCGGGUCCAGGCACGGCGCAGCGUCAGGGUGUCCGCGGCUGCCAGUCAGAGCGCCCCAGAGUCGACCUGCGACCUGGAAUGCCCGCUCCUGCGCGGGGCCCCCGGCAAGACCUCCUGCGUGCACCCGGGCCGGCCCGUGAGCAGCGCCUGCGCCGACUGCCCUCGUAAGUCGCGCAUGGCGGCGAUGGCCAAGAGCAAGUGUGUGCACCCGGGCCGCCCCAUCUCUCAGGCCUGCCCAGACUGCCCCCGGCGCAAGUGA